GAGGCUGUGAGCAAACGGUACAUCUUCAUAUCUUAUCCUGAUAGAACUUUAGGAUACCUGUUUCAUAUCAAAAUCAUCACACCUUGCUCCUCUGUUUAAAACCUUAAAUGGCAUCAUCAUUAUCAUCAUCAUCCUAUCUUCACACAACUCAUUCACAAUCUACCAAAACUUUCAAGCCAUCACCAUGCAUAACUGCAUAUUUCAAUACCAAAUUUACAUCAAUCCCAUUUCAUACUCAUCAUCUAUGCAAACACUACCAUAUAUCAUGCAUCCCCCUAAGUCCUACCAUUCCCCCCAAAGCUACUUCCACACUCAUUCACUCCUCACUCUCUUCCCCUAAUCCACCAAUCUCAAAGGAAGAUGCCAUACUUCAAGCCAAAACAUCCCUUUCAACAGUCUUAGAGAAGCCCCUCAACAACCCUAAACUAAUAGGCAAAUUCAAGAAACUGAAACAGCCCAAAUUCCGGGUUGAAAUUCCGGUCAUCGAUGACUCGCCGGAUUCGCUUUCCAAACUUGCUCUUGAUAUUUUUGGAGACAUGUCCAUCAAAAGAAAAGGUUCUGCCAUUAAGAUUUUAAUCCUUUGGCCUAAUCCUAGCUUAAAAGAAGCUGCCAUUGUUGCAUUUCAGUCUCAUUCAAUCAACAACAUAGUUGAACACAUUGACAUUGUUUCAGUUGCAAAAACUGAUCCCAGAAUCUUGAAUUCUGCUGAUGUGACAAUAUUUUUGGUGCCGGAGAGUUCGCAAUUGUCAGUGGUGAAAAUGGUGAGUGAUGCUUUUAGUCCAAAGCCAGUGGUUUUGUUGAAUCCAAAAUGGGCAUUUGAGGAAGAGAGUAACUUUGGUAAUCUAAGUGGUUUUGUGAGUUCUUUUGAAGUUGUUUAUUCUUUUAUGGGAUUAGAGGUAAGAGGGUUAUUGAGCAAAAGAAAAGGUGUGAUUUUUAAGUAUGUGAGAGAUGGGGUUGGUAGUGGAGAGAGAUGGAAUGUUCUUGUAGAAGAAGGUGAGGAAAUGAAGGUGGUUUCUUCAUUCAAGGUUAGGCCAAGUAUUGGUGAAGUUGAGACUGUUUUGUAUAAUCUGAUGGCUAUUAAUUCGCCGAUAACGAAGUCUGCAAAGUUCUUCAAGGGAUUGGUAUCUAAUGUGACAGGGAAAAAGUAAAUGGAAUGGAACUAACUGAAGAAUUGAUCUUCAAGGUAUUUGUUUCACAUGAGUUGUGGAUUUAACAUGUUUUGAAUAUGUCACAAUGAAUGUAGGGCAACGCAGCCAAUGCUAUGGGUCUUUGACCAUUGUAUGAAGUUGUUCUCUCACCAAUUUUGAAUGAGAAAUCAAAUUACUUUCAAGGAUUAUAAGCCUUAAGUUCUUGAUAUUCUACAUAUAGUGAUAAACAUAUUUAAACAUAUGUAAUUAUAUAUAUAACACUUGAUGUCAUGUUUUUCAUGUCUUAACCCUCUUUUUCCUAAGGAUUUUCUAGCUAGGAUUCGAACUUGGAUUCUUUAACUGAAGCUCAUUUACCACUCGAGUUUCAUCACUUGGUUACGAUUGAUCUCAUGUAAUUGCAUGAUAUUACUGCCUAAAUAUGAAUGAAAUACAUGAUAAAAAGCUAUCUUGUUAGCUUGAUAUAGUUUAUGUAAAUA